UUGUUCAAAACUAAAUAAUAACCUAUAAAGUGGUUCUUAUUUUGUAUAGGUGAUGAAUUCAUGAAAAUCAAAUUAAAAUUAACUUUGUUUGCCCUCUAGCAUUAGAUCGUCUUCAUAUGGUGCCUAAUGACUUAACUUUAUAAUGAAUUUUCAGUAUGCCACGAGAGGCAAGUAAACGCAAUAAUUGGGAGAAAGAAAGAAGAGAACGUUUCAAUAGAACCUUUGAUGAACUAGCUAAAAUAUUGCCCUCUUAUAACCCUUCAGUGACUAUUAAUCGUAUUAACAUAUUGAAAGAAGCAAUAACUACUAUAUCUGAAUUUAAAAAAGAAAUCGGAAAACUUUCCGAAUCACCAGGAGAAGUAGCGACAUUUAAAGACACAUUAAUAAAAAAACUACAAGACAGAAUUAAAAAGUUAAUCAUUCGAAAUGAACAACUUGUUAAAUUAUUCCAAGAAGCUGGUAUUAAACUUCCUAGAGCAAAAACUAAAAUUAACAAAGAGAAUAAACCUUCAACAAAAAUAAAAAAACAAAAAGCUGCUAAAACCCAAGGAAAUAAACAUCUAAAAUCUAAUAAUGGUACAAGAAAACCUCCACAAUCAAAGAAAUUUACAAAGAAAAUAUUUACUACUAAUGUUUUAUUUCCACGACUGCAAACUAUUCCAAUCUAUAAUCGGCAGUUUGUUUUGGUACCAAGCCAACCAGUGGUCAAUAACACUCAGAUAGCCACUGUUUUAACAGGAUCACCAAAGAAGUCAAAGUCAAAAAAAUUAGAAAGUGCAAUGAAGGAUCCUGAAAUUAAACCACCACCAUCGACAUUAAGAUCAGGAACUUUCAUAUUAGCCAAUGGUAACAUAAUUUCAGUAGUUUCUCAAUCACAAGUAGUUGUCCCUCCUUUACAACCACUAAAACCACAAACUAUGAUAAACCCACCAAUACAAUCAAUAAAAAUUCCACCCAGUAUGAACCUAUCCAUAAAUCCUCAACCUGCUAUCAAUUUAGCAUUAAAAAUAAAACCUGUAACUGCAACCAACACCCCUAAAAUUAAAUCUAAGGACUGCUUAACAAAAACAACUCAAAUUAACAAAGUGCCCAUUCCUGCUCUUACUUCAAAAUAUGGAAAUUGUCUAAUGCUUUUGAAAAAUCAAAACAACAAAAAGAAUGAAAUUAAUAAAAGCAAUACUGUUAAAAGGAAACUAGAAAACACAGUUAAUAAAACAACUAAGAAAAGAAAAAUUGGUGAAAAAACAUCUAAAAGUAAUAAUGAAAACAUGGGAUCCAAAGACGCAUGUACGGAGCAUAAAGAUAUAUUAGUAGAUUCUUUUGAGACUGUUGGGGAAAGUACAAAUCUAGUCAAAAAAACUGAUUUUUCACAAAAUGUUUUAGGAAAAACAAAUGAAAAUAUGUCAAAAAUAAACAAUAAUCAAGAUAUAAUUAAAACAACUACUUCUGCAUCAGCUGUAUCAAAAAUUCAAACAGAAAAAGAAACAACGGAGAUGUCAAAUAUGGAAAUAAUCACCCCUGUGUCAACUGCUUGUACAAUAGGUACCCCCAGUGAAGAUUUGAAUAUUGUUCAUUCUGACCUAUCCAAUGAUAUUUUUGCUUCAUUACAAGUGCCCCCUGGUUCCCAAAAUAUUGAGUCAACUUCCCCUACAGCUGCAUUUCUCCUUACUUUUCCUCUGGUAUCUUCCAUUAAAGUUAAUGAAGUUAUUGAUGAUAAUUGUGAUAGUCAAAAGGAUACACCUAGUUUACUGCAGAUUGAAAGUAUCGAUACAUCCAAACCAUCUCAGAAUGAUUCUUUACUCAAUUUAGAUAAUUUCACUUUUUUUAAUUCAAAAGAAAUUUACACUAAUUCGAAAAAUGAAGAUGGGUCAAACAGGGAAAUCACUGAAUUGAAUCAGUUUGAGGAAAUGGAAAAUUUACAGAAAAAUAAAGCUGAACAAAGACUUGAAUUAUACAAAGAAAAAUCUAUUGAUUUUGUUGAAGAUGAGCAAAAUAAUCUGAUUGUUCAAAGCUCCGAUGUACUUACUUAUGAUGUUAACCAAAGGGGAGACAAAAGUAUGAAAAAUCAACCUGAAAAUGUAACUAAUGAUGAGGUGCGAUAUAAUUGUUUAAAAAAUGAUCAACAGACUUUAAUAGAAAAAAAUUCAAUGAUUUCAAAUAGUUUCUCUUCUUCUGUUGAAAUUUUAGAAAACAGAGAAAACAAUGAACAGCAUAAAUUAAAUAAUAUUCCUCCUAAUUCCGGGAAAAAUUUAAAAAUCUCACCAACUGAACAGCAAAAUGUGAACAUUGUUUCAUCUACUUCUAAAUUAUCUCUAGAAACAAAUUUAAAACAUGGAAGUAAUAAAUAUAAUAAAAUAUAUAACUGUAAUGGGAAUGAUCUUCCUUCAAACAAUUCUGAAAAUCAAGAUAAAAAUAUAAAUUCUAAUGCUUCUAAUAAUUUACUUAACGACUUUUUUCCGAAUAUUAAAUCAUCUGAAAACAACAAAAAUUCUGGGAAACAUAUUGAUCCAUCCAAAACUUAUUGUUAUCAAACACAACUCUUGUCCAACAGUCAACAAUGUAUAAGUAGUUACAAUUCGAGCUCAAAUAAAGCUUCUGAUGAAAUGUCUGAGAAACAAAAGUCUAUUCCAGAAAUAACUUAUCAGCCUUUCUUGUCAAAUGAUAUUAAUGCUUCUUUGAUUUCUGUAAAACUAUCAGAAACAUCUGCUAAAAAUUCAAAUGAAACUGAAGAACCGGGUAUUAAAAGAAAUUACUACAGCAACUCAAAUUCUGAAGAAAUUUCUGAAAAGUUUGAAGAAUCAGGUAAUAAAGAAUCACAUCAGUACAAUCCAAAUCAAUCAAAAUUGAAUUACGAAUCUAGCCCAGCAAAAAUGCCACAUACUUCAAGAAUAGAUUUAGAAAAAUCUGAUAUUAACAAAACUUACUGUAAGACAACGAAUUUUUCAUCUAACUCCACAAGUACAUUGAAAAAACCUCUUGAAAAUUUAAAAGAACCAGAAACUUCAAAGUAUCAAUAUAAUAUAAAACAGUUUGACCAAAACUUUAAUUCGUUUUCAAAAGUUUCAAAACCUUUGGGGAGUAGUUUAGAAAGACAUGACAAAAACAAAAACUACUUCCUUAACACAACUAAUCUGUCUUCUAUUGAACCAGAAAAAUCUGAUAAAAAUUUAGGAGUUGAUAAACCAUGCAGAUACAAUCCAAAACAAAUUGAACUCAAUUUGAUCGAUUUUGGACCUAAUUUGGAAAAAGUUCCAGUAAAAUCUAAUAUCAACAGAACCUACUACAAUACAACCAAUUUCGCUCCAAAUUCCACGAUUAUAAUGGAAAAACCUCUUGAACAUUCAGAAAAACCAGAAACUUCAAAUAUGUAUCAAUAUAAUAUAAAACAGUUUGAACAAAACCUCAAUUCUUUUACAAAAGUUCCUGAAUCUUCUGAAAAUAAAUUAGAAAAAUCUCACAAAAACAAAUCCUACUUUUACAACAUUUUACCUCCGGAUAUUCCAGAAAAAUCCAGUACAAAUUCAGAUGUAUCUGAUAAGUCAUGUCAUUAUACCACUAAACAAAUUGAACACAACUUGAAUAACUUUGGACCUAGUUUGGAAGAAAUUCCAACAGUUUCAGAAAAAACUGAUUCCAAUAAAAUGUACUCAUAUCAUACUACCAAUUUUCCUUCGAAUUCCACGGAGUUUGAACAAAACUUUAAUUCUUUUGCAAAAGAUCCAGAAUCAUUGGGGAAUAAUUCAGAAAAACCUGACAAAAACAAAACCUGUUCGAUUAUAUCAGAAAAAUCUGAUAAAAAUUCCGAAGAUUCUGAUAAAAUAUGCCAGUAUAGCUCUAAAGAAAUUGAAAACAACUUGAACAAUUUUGCACCUAAUUUGGAAAAGAUACCAACAGUUUCACAAAACACUGACAAUAAAAAAACUUAUUGUUAUAACGCGAGUGAUUUUUCUAUGAACACAGAAAUACCAAAAAAACCUAAUCAAAUUUCAGAAGAAUCUGAUGCUACAAAAUCAUACCAGUAUAACCCAAAACAUUUUACAGUUAAUUUAAACUCCAAUCUAGUAAAAAUUCCAAAUGCUCUAAAAGAAAAGUUAGAUAAAUGUGAUAUCAAAACCCAUUAUCAAACAACUAACUAUUCUUCAAAUUCCAGAAAAACUCCAGAAAAAUCUGCUGAAAUUAUAGGAAAUUCCGGAGCUGCAAAAACAGUCGAAUUUGAACUCAACACAAACUCUUUUGGACCUGAAUCUGCAAAAAUAUCAGAAUCCUCAUCACUAAUUUUAGAUCAAGAAAUCAAAGAAAACAAAAAAUAUUAUUACAGUACACAUACUUAUUCAACUUUUAGGAAAACGCAAGAAAAGUUAGCUUUAGUUUCAGAGAAAGCUGGCGAUACAAAAAUAUGUCCAGAUAAUCCAAAGGAACAUGUAAACUCUUGUGUGACGAAUCAGGUGAAAAAUCCAGAAAGUUUGGGGCAAAAUUUAGGACCUUACUACUACGACACAUCUAAAUUUUCUUCUAACCCAGGAAAGUCCGAUAAAAUUUUAGAAGAAUCUAACGCUCCAAAAGUGUGUAAUCACAGAGAGUGUGAAAUAAAUUCAAAUACACUUGGACAUAAUAUAGUAAAAGUUGGAGAAACCUCGGGGAAAAGUUUCAAGAAAUCUGAAACAAACGAAACGUACUAUUUUAACACAAGUAAUAAUUUCUCCAAUUUAGGAAAAAAUACAGAAAAAACAGCCUCAAGUUCAAACGAAUCUGAUGCUGUGAAAACUUUUCAGUAUAACAGAAAACAGUUUGAAGUAAACAUACAAACUUUUGCACCAACUACAGUAAAAAUUUCAGAAACUUUGAGACAAAAUUCAAAAAACUCUGAAACAAACAAAUCUCAUUACUACAACUCAAAUGAUUUUUCUCUAAAUUCAGUAAAAAUGUCGGAAAAACCAACUGGAAAGUUAGAGGAAACUAACGUGGUAAAAGCAUGCCAAUAUAAUCCAAAACAUUUUGACAUUAACCCACAAUCUUCUGCCCUCAAUUCAUUGAAAAUAUCUGAAGCUUCAAGACAAAAUUUAGAAAAGUCUGUGACAAAUACUUACUAUUACAAUACAUCUAAUUUUUCUUCAAAUUCAACGAUAAUGCCGGAAAAAAGUGCUGGAAAUUUGGAAGAAUCUGUCAUUUCAAAAUCCUGCCAAUAUAAUCCAAAACAAUUUGAACCUAACUUAAAUAGUUUUGGACCAAAUUUGGCAAAACUUCUAGAAGCUUCAGAACAAAAUCUGGAAAAAUCUGAGAUAAACAAAACUUAUUACUACAACAAUGCUAUUGUUCCUUCAAAUUCUGGAAAAGUUACUAAACAAUCAAAUGAAUUGAUGAAGACAUAUCAAUAUAAUCCUUUCGAAGUUGUGCAAACAUCAAGAGAAAUCCCUUUAAAUGAGACAUAUAAUAAAUUGAAUAUUUCUCACAAAGAAAAACAGAGUAAAGUAGUAGAUCAUAGUAAAAUAUUAGAAGGUUGUCCCAAAUCAGUUGAAGAAAAGUCUUGUUAUUUUUCGUCCAAUUCCUACGAAAACAAACAUUAUGCAAAUCCAUUUUACAGUAACUGUAACUACGGUUAUUCGGAGAACAAUUUUAACCAAAAUUACUACAAAACUGAUAACAAACCAAGCUACUCGUUAAACUACGAAAACUAUCAAGAAUAUAGAAGAAUUGAUGGAUCAUUCACAAGAGAGAAAAGAAAUAGUACUUCCUCUAAAGAAAAACAAGUACAACAAAAUAAGCCUAUCAAUUGGAUGACAACUGAACAGAAAUCUCAUACAUCAGACUGUUUUUUACCUACAUUUACCAACCAAUCUUAUUCUUUUACGUCAUGCAUCACUACAGAUACCAAUGACAACUUCGCUGAUGGAAAGAAAACUGUAGAAACAAACGACAAGAGAUUUACUUGGUCCCCUUCGAAAUUACCAAACUUUCUGGAUGUUACUCACAAUUUCGUAACACCGACUUUACCGACUUUAGUAGGAGACUUGGCGCUCGGAAACUCGUUGCCUUUAACUGAUUCUAAAUAUCCAAAAGAAGUAAAAAGAAAACCCUACGAGAAUCAAGCAAAUUUUCUAUCAGUUAGCCAACUCGUUAACCAAAAUAAAAGCGAAAGUACACCAGCUAGAACGGUUUCUCGAAGACCGAGUGGGAGUAAAAACAAAAACCCUGCUCCAAAUAAAAAACGGUUUGAAAAGAACAUCGAUAAAAUCUCUAAAAAUGUUAAUAACUAUAACGAUGUUUUUUAUGACCAGAAAAAUAGACAGUCUACGAAAAAUAUAUCAAGCAACUACUCAGCUGAAGCUCUAAUUGGUAAUCAGGGUACACAGGAAGAAAAGAAAUUUGCUCAAAGUAAUAUCAAAACUUGCACGAAUUUUUCGGCAGAAAAUAUUACUUACUUUACUGUCGCUGAAGAUAAUUACAUAAAUCAAAAUCAUACUUAUACACAUAAUUCCUUCCAAAAUAAUAAUUGUUGCUCCAACAGUUUCAUAUACACAACACCCUCUAUUACCUCUAGUUACUUAACCAACACUUUCGAGAAUGGUCCAGAUUAUUCGACGGAGAAUAUAAUGAACUAUUGCGGCACAAAAGAUACAACGAAUUGCGGAAAUAAAAACUACCGUAUUAUAAAUAAAGACGAUAAAAAUAUCAAUUAUAAUCACUUUAAGAAAAAUAAGAAGAUCAACCAGUGCAGUAACACUGGUUUAGGAAAUUUCGAGUACCCUCUGCUAUCAUUACAAGGUUCUACUAAUUCUCCUAUACUUCCCGAUGACUUCCAGUCUCAUUCAACGUUCCUACCUCCGACAACUCCUUACAGUUCUAAGAAUUCAUUGUACCAAAAACAGGGGAACGAGUUUAAUUCUACUGCUAUACUGCCUCUACCAGGAAUCACUCGAAGUAACACACAACAUCCAGAAGUUUCUCCAUCUUUGAAUCCUGUAGGAACUAGUUUAACUAAUUUCAAUUUAAGUACAAUAUUUCCGGAAAUUAAUAAGGCGCCUUACAACGAUUCUAAAUAUGGCUUUACAGGAUAAAAGUUCUACAAAUGUGAUAUAUUAAUGUAUAUAAUGAAUUUACAUUGUAAAUAUUAUGUACUUGUUUAAAAAUAAAUUAUUUAGAUACUUA